GUCUUGAAAUAUGGAGUCGAGUACUCAAGUGUAGGGGCUAUGGAGCUUGGAACGGAGUACGGACUACUGGACUAGUCUAUGAUUUAUUUACCGUUUACCAGUAACUGAAUUUUUGGAGUUAUUCGUCUGACCUAUGUAAAGUGAUACAUUUAAGUAUAGUAUUUGGUGUUUUUAUUCAGCUUACGUAUUAAUGUAUUCAUGUGUUAUUACCGAAAUUUCUUAAUGCUGUUUUUUGUUGGAUUCAAUUUGUAAUAAAUAAAACUUAAGAUAAACAGAUAAAUUGAUGUUCCAACUUGAAUCGUACUUGUAGUAUUAUAAUACACGACUAACCAAUAUGGAAGAAGAAAAGAUUGCUACUGAUGUUUCUGAAAAGCGUAAAAUUGAGGAUGAUAAUGUUAAUCCUAAACCUAAUCCUAAACGAAUCAAACUCGUUAGACCUGUAUUUUCACCCGUUGCCAAACCUCAAAUCUCCACAACAUCAGAAGUCGAUAAAUCUGAAAUUCAACCUAUAGAUAUAUCUAAAUCUAAUAUACAAUCAACAGAAAUAUCUAAAACUACUGCACAACCAAUAGAUACACCUAAGACUGCUGUACAACCAAUAGAAAUACCUAAAACUAUUGAACAACAAACAGAAAUACUUAAAACUAAUGUAAAACCAACAGAAAUACUCGAGUUAAAUAAUUGUGAUUCAAAAGUUCCACCUGAGGUUGAAGUUUUACAAUGUACUGAAAAAUCAGCUGAUCAACUAGAAUUAAUAAAAACAUCAAUUGUCACUCAAGAAGCUAUUAAAAAACCUGCAGAAAUUCACAGUCCUGAGGAACAAAUUGAUAGCAGUUCUGAUGCUUUGUAUUUAAAAAAUAUGUUUAGUGAAGAAACAAAAAAGGAAUUAGAACAUUUAAAAAAAAAUAUUUUCAAGAUUGAUGAUGACGGAUCAUCCUCUGAAAAUGAUAGUCAACCAAAGCGGCCUCGAUUAAAGCGACCAACUUUUGUUACUUCAACUGUUGAAGUUAAAGUUGAACCUACUGACUCAAAAACACUUGAUAAAAUAAAUGAAACAUCUAGAUUAGAUUCAGUAAAAUCCGAGGUAAAAUCUGAUUGUGAAGAGGAUGUUAUUACAAAUGUGGAAAAACCUAGUGAAAAAUUAUUAACUUCUGAGGAAGUAUCAAAAAAUAUUAAUGAAGAUAUGAGGUUAAAAGAGUUUGGGCAAGUCGACAUUUAUGUUGAAGACAUACUACAGAAACAAUCUAAUGAAAUUGCAAAUAUUAAUAAAGCUGAAGAAGAUAAAUCUUCUGCAUUCAAUUCUGUUUUUAAAUUAGUUGAAAACAAAACUGAUAUACCAAAAAGUAAUGAAGUUGAUAAUGUUCAUGAUGCUGAUAAAACCGAGGAUAAAACAAAACCUAUCCAAACAGAAACUAUUAUACAAGAAUGUACUGAUGUAAAAGAAAUGGAAAAUGUUUUAGUUGAGGAAAAAUCUAUUGAUAAAAAAGUUAAUUUAAUAGUUGAAGAACAAAAAUGUAUUAAAACAGAAAAGUUAACUGAAGACUUUAAUAAAGAUACUUUUGAAAAAACUUUGGACACUAAUGUUAUGAAAGAAAGUGCCAAUGACAAUUAUAGGGUGGUUUUAGAAAGUUAUGAAGAUAAACAAUGUAUAGCACAAGAUAAAAACCCCAGUCUAAUAAUUGAGAAACUUGAAGAUGAAAAGUCUACAGUUGAAACUAGUCCUAAAUGUACUGACAAGUAUUAUAAAAGUAAUGAUGAAAUCAAUAUUGAAUGUGAUAUUCAUGACAAAGAUAAUAUAUCUGAUUCACAUUUAGAUAAUUCUCAGAAAGUUGAAGAUAUUGCUUGUUUAGAAAAUGAAAAACUUAAGUCUCAAAAAAACAUUCUUGUUGAAGACGAAAACAAGCUUACUACUACUAUGUCUACAAAUGAAGUACUAGGUAAUGAUUUAAAACAGAAUAUUGAAGAAAAAGACUCUCAAAUGUUUAAAUCUGAUAUUUUAAAAGCAGCUCUUAUGUCUAAAAAAUCUCCUGAAUCUCUUAUAAAUCCAUUAGAAGUUAAUGAUCAACUUUCUGGAAAUGUAUCGGUGUUAGAAACUAAACAAAAUGAAAAUUUACCAAAACUUGGCCAAGAUUCUAUUGUCAAUAAAAUAGAAGCAGAAAUAAAACUUGCUAUUAAUGAUCAACCCACUAAAAUAAAAAAACCACAAAAUAAGAUUCUUAGUAAUGUAACAGAGAUGUCUCAAGAAGCAUGUAACUCUAUUUGUCUUGAUGAAAACACAACAGUUGGUAAACUUGAUGAACCUCCAAAAUGGGGAUCAGCUAAAAUGAAUGAAGUAGAAAAAUUCUUAAAUGAUUCGAAUGUAACCAUUACUCCUAUUUGUAAGUCUCAAGAAUCACCCAAACUUGGAAAAAUAACAUUGAAAUUACCCAAAGUUGGAAAUCCAGAAAUUAAAUCUGAAACAACAGUUCGUCCAGAUGUUAAAUCUGAAUUGAUAAAAAAAAUCACAAAUAAGCAUAUUGCUAUGGGGGAUAGUCCUUUAAAAAAUGCUCUUUCUCAACCUUCUAAAUCUUUUAAUGAAUUCGCUACUAUACGACCUGCACCUAAACUCAGUGCUGAACAAAUUGCUCUUUUAGAACAACAAAUUUUAAACACACCCAAAAAGAGAGGUAGACCACCAAAAGCUUUGGCUCAACAAAAACAAUUAUUGUUAGAAUAUCAACAACAACAACAGUCAAAGGUUCAAGAAGGUAGUACUGAAAAUGAACCUGUUUUUCAUGUUCCAUUAUUUGAUAUGGAAGACAUGAGUGGAGGAGCAGGGAUGUUUGAUUCAUUUGAAGCAUCAACACCAAAGCGAGGAAAGGGUAUCAGAGGAAAAGGUAGUCGAGGGCGAAGAGGACGAGGAGGUCGCGGUGGUCGUGGACGCGACGGAUCUGAUAGUGAUACGACUUCAAAUAGUCGGCGUAUAGAUGACGAAGGAGAAAUUUUUCAUGAAGAAAUGAAUCAAGAAGAAGAAACCAAACAAGUAGCAAUGAUAGAAGCUGAACGACUUCGAAAAGAAGAAGAACGUGAAAGAAAAUUAGAAGCAAGGAAAAAAAAAAUAAAACUUCGUAAUGAUAUCUUAAAAGAAAAAAAAUUGAAAAAGAAACAAAGAGCAGAAGAAAGAAGACUGCAGUGGCAUGAGAAAAAAAGGCUUAUGCAAGAAGAAAAGGCUCGAGCCGCUGAGAUGAAGAAAUCUCUUCCACCACCUCUAAACUUUGAUGAUGAAACACGUAUGAGUGCUGAUUGUAAUAAUAGUCUAUCUCAAACAACUGCUAGGAAUUUUCUGAUGGGUGAUGAAGAUUUAUCUAUCAGUGGUACCACAAAUGAUAGUAUUAGAAUGAAGAAAGGAAGAAUGGAAGUGAUUGAUCUUGAAAGUAAUAAAACAUUAACUGUUGAUCAAAUUGCUGAAUACCAAUGGCCAUUGGAUGGUGGAGAAUUGUAUAUGAUUCAAGAACAAAUAUCUAAUUUCUUGGGUGUUAAAUCAUUCAAAAGAAAAUAUCCAGGAUUGAAGCGUCGUAAUGUUGAAGCUGAAGAACGAACAUUCUUGUGUGACAGUGGAUUGGUCGCUGAAUCAUUAUGUGAUCUUGGUUUAACAGUUUUGUAUAGUUCAGAAGUAUUAGAUGUCAUGUAUACAGAUUUUCCAGAAAAAUAUGAAGAACUGAGAGAAUAUAUGAGACUUAAACAUGCCAAAGAAUUAUCUAAUCGACAAAGAGCAUUAAUGACAAUUAGUUCAAACAAUGAUGGGUCAAAGUUAGAUUUACGUGAUAGAGCUAUGGAAGCUGUAGCCAAUUGGAAUGCUAAUUUAAAUAAGUCUCGUCUAGAGUCUCGAAAGUGUUCAAUGGACAUGCAAACAUUUAUUGUACAUUAUCCAAAAAACAAGUGUAAGAAAAUGGCUAUUCCUAAACCUAAAAUUGGCAGUUAUCCAUUGGCUCUACUACCUGGACAAUUCUGUGAUUACUACGCAACAUAUUCUAGUGAAGAUUUACGUUAUUUACCAAUGAACACUGUUAUGUAUGGUCCUUUGAAAUCUGUAGAUAAAGACUUUCCUGUUUCAUUAAGCAGUCAAUCUGAAUCUGAAGAUAGCUCUUCCGACGACUCUAGUGAUAGUGAUGAUUCAAUUGAUGUUGACAACAAAUCUGACAAAAAUCGUUUGGAGUAUGGUCCGAGUGAUAAAAAAGGAGCUGAAUGCAAAUUAUGUUUGGGCACUGCAGAUAAGAACAAAAUAGGAUCGGUUGAACCAUUGAUUCAUUGUUCUAAAUGUUUAACAAUUUAUCAUCCAACAUGUUUGGAUAUGACAUUGGAGAUGAUUCCCUACAUUAAACGUUACAAUUGGCAAUGCAAUGAGUGUAAAUCUUGUGCUCAAUGUAAAGAAGUGGCUGAUGAAGAUAAAAUGUUAUUCUGUGAUCUUUGUGACAGAGGAUAUCAUAUUUAUUGUGUAGGACUUCGUAGAGUACCUGAAGGUCGUUGGCAUUGUCAAGAAUGUGCUAUGUGUAGUUCAUGUGGGGUUUCUGAUCCAGGACCAGGUGAUUCUAAAUGGUUUUAUGAGUUUAAGAAAACUGAAAAAACUGGGUCAAAAGUCUAUUGUCGUACAUUGUGUGCUCCGUGUUCCAGGUCAUGGAAAAAAGGCCAUUUCUGCCCUAAUUGCAUGCGUUGCUAUCCUAUCAAAAAUGUCGAGCGCAUGACACAGUGUAACAGUUGUGAUAAAUACUUACAUUCAGAAUGCGUCAGUGAAAGCACAUCAAUUAAUCAAGUGGUUACAUGUACAAUAUGUGAGGAAAAAGCAGUUUCUAGAUUAUUAACUACAGUGCCUAGAUCUUUGAUUAAAGUCUGAAUUAAAAUUCUAUGUAUAACAUAUUCUUAACUUGAUAAAAAAUUUGUUAAAAUAUUUUUCAGCAAUUUUAAUGAGUUAAUUUAAAUCCAAUUUUUUUUUGCUCAUUAUCAUGUAAUUAAAUACUAAUUGGUUUUAUUUUAAUAUUUUUUUAUAAAUUAUAUACAUAAUAUUUAAAAAGCAGUUGUAAAUAUUUAAAAAAAAUCAAACAAUCGCAUAAUUGUUGAUUGAAUCUAAUUAAAUUUAGCAAUAAAAUGAUAAUUAUUGAAUCCACGAGAAAACAAAUUAAUUGAAAUAAGUUUUACUAAAUUUAUGAAUUUGUGGACAUUGAUUAAUUAAUCACGAUUAAAGCUAAUUUUAUGUCAGUUGCUGCCAUAAUACAUGAAUAAUAUUCAUGUGGAUGUAUAUAUAUAUAAAUAUAUGUAUUAUGAUGAUGAGUAAUUAGUCAAUAUUACAAUUUGUAUUUGAUAAGUAAUUUAUAUUAAAGUAUUAUUCAAUUAACUCUUGCACAUAAUAUGUAUAAAAAAUAUUUAAUUAAAACUAGUUUAAAAUUAUUGCAUUUAUCUACCUUAGAUAAAUGGAAUAGUUAGCAUUAUUUAUUUUAAAAUUCUAACAAACUGAAAAAAAUUAAUAAUCAUGCUGUGCAUGUUUUUUUUGGAAAUCUACACUACAACUCUUGUACUUUUUAUUGUGUAUAAAAUUAAUUUAAAUUGCUUAUAACUUUGGGUGAUUACUAAUGAUAUAACUUUAUUUAAUAGUUUAUUUUAAGUUUUGUAAUUUAUAUUUGUGUUGUAUACAUUGUUGAGUAAUUUAUUUUAUUUUACUGAUUAAAUAAUAUAAUUAAAAGUAUAUAAUUUAUUGUUUUAUUUAUUUAUUUUUUUUUUUAGCAAAAAUGUUGAUUUAUGCAAAGAUGUCAAAAACUGACACUUGGUUAGAUUAAUAGUGUUUUUUUUUCCUAUAAUAAAUUAUAUUUUCUGUGAAAAUAUAACUGUAAUACAAAUAUUGUUUGUGUUUACACAAUAAUAUAUAUUAUUAUGUCAUAUACUUAUUUUAGUAAUUUACUGUAAUUAUGUUUAAUUUUUGAAGUAAAAGUUGAUAGAUUUGAAAUACAAUGUAUAAAAGUUUUUUUUUAAUACAAGUUUAUCAUUUACUUCAAUUAUAAUUUUUAAUUCAUUAUUCAGUGUAUGAUUUUUGUUUUAAAAUGUUUAGGUGUACAUAAUAAAAUAUUCCUAACUUUUAUUUAAUUAAAGUAUGGUUGGUACAGAUACCACACAGUGGUGUAUUAUGAAAUUCGCCUUGAAGCUGAGAGUAUGUGUUAAUUCUAGAGAGGAGGGAUGGGAUGUACCCCUCACUGUUCAUAUUUCAUAGUUCAUAGUAACUUAUUAUUUAUUGCAUGUCAUAAUAACUUAUAAACAUGAUAAUAUUAAAUACUUAUUACUUUUUAGAUACCAACAGCAAAUAUAUGUCACAUAAAAUUUUUACUUUCUGUUUUGAGACACUUAUUUAUGACUUUAUUUUGUGUCAUGAUACUUGUGAUAUGCCAUUAAGGCCAUCCUAUUUAUUUUAUUCAAAUAGUAGAAUCACAGAUUAAAUAAAACUGUUUUAUUUAAUCUGUAGUAGGACUGAGUUUUCAAUAACUCAAUAAAAAUAGUAAUAUUAAUAGUAUUCUGUUGGUUUUUUAAAAAAAAAAACUUCUUUAAUUUUGAAAAAUAUUUUUAGGUAUUUUUUCUUUGAUAUUAUCAAAGUAAAACAAUAGCAGGAUAAAGUAUUUAAUAUUUAUAAUCAAUAGUAUUGCUUUGCUGUACAUUAGGUGCCAUGUGGAUCACUAUUAAAUAUAAGAGAGUUAAAUUAGAAUCCAAUGAUAGGUAUCAUUAUUCAUUGUAUACAAAAAACAAUACUGAACAGAGGUCAUUUGUCAGCCUAGGAUAUAUAUUUUAAAUCGAGUGAUGAAAAAGGUGGUUUAUGUUUUAAUGACAUAAAAUACACCAAAAUUUAAGUUCUUUCAUAAUUAUUGUAAAUCAAACUUAUGGCAAAUCUUGUAUUAAAUUUCCAAUUCCUAGCUACUUAUACUAAAUUUUUGUUACAAUCUUAUAAAAAAAAAUCGAUUUUUUUUUAAAAUCUUACUUUUAAGUUUUAACCUCUAUAAUGCACCAAGGAUAUUUGCUUUAUCAUGGGAAAUCACCUCAGAAGUUUGAAAUUGAAGCAUUAUUUCGUCAAGUUAUGCUGUACACACACACACACACACACACACACACAAAC